GAAGUGUGCGUCCUCCAUGCAUGUCGUUUCCGUCGCCGUGUCUUCAGGUCUAAAGUUGAGAUGUUUUCGUGAACUUUCGCAUUGAACUCGUUCGGUUUGCGGCUGUUAGUCGCGCUGCGGAGCCAUGAGCGCCGUUCUGCCCCGGAUAGAGCAGCUGUCCUCCAGGGUCAUCAGGGUUUUAGGCUGCAACCCGGGACCGAUGACGCUGCAGGGAACCAACACCUACCUGGUCGGAACGGGGAAAAGCCGUGUGCUCAUAGAUGCCGGAGAGCCCUCGGUACCAGAAUACAUAAAGAACCUGAAGAUCGCUCUGGGGGAGUCCAGCGCCAGUAUCCAGGAAAUCAUCGUCACUCACUGGCAUCACGACCACACUGGAGGAGUGGAGGACAUCUGCAGGGACAUAACAGGAUCUGAAGUCAAAGUCAGCAAACUUCCACGCUCCACCCGGAUCCCUGAGAGUGCUGGAAACAAGAGCUACACCUACCUGACGGAUGGAGAUGUGGUCCACACAGAAGGUGCCACUCUGAAAGUUAUGUUCACGCCGGGCCACACGGAUGACCACAUGGCUCUGCUGCUGGAGGAGGAGCGGGCCAUCUUCUCCGGAGACUGCAUCCUGGGCGAGGGCACGGCGGUGUUUGAGGAUCUCUACGACUACAUGAAGUCCCUGAAGACCCUGCUGGACUCCAAGGCUGACCUCAUCUACCCCGGUCAUGGCCCCGUGGUUCUGGAUGCCGGCUCCAAGAUCCAACACUACAUCAGCCACCGGGACCAAAGGGAACAACAGAUCCUGACUGCCAUCCAGGGCGGAGCGGGGAAGCCUUUCUCCUCCAUGGAGCUCGUCAAGAUCGUCUAUAAGGACACGCCUGAGUACCUGCAUCAGGCGGCUAACGUCAAUCUAGUUCAUCACCUGAAAAAGCUAGAGAAGGAGGGAAAAAUCACAGUGGUGAGUGACUCCACCAAAGACAACAGAUGGAAGAGUAACCUCUAAACCUCCACAGACUGAACUCGCUGUAAAGCAUCAUAGUUCUUGUUUAUUGAUAAGUGCACACAGAAAAUCUGAGAGCUGUGAGCGUUCAAAGUGUUUAAAGGUCAACAGAGUUCUGCUUUCCCUGCAAUGAAAUGUGACCCCAACUACCACUGAGCACCUGCAUUUACUACAUAACACUUUAUCUACUGGAGCAAAAGAACAAUUUCGUUUUCUUCCAAUAAUAUGAAAAAAAUGUGGGUUAUUGUGUAAUAAAUGCAUUUACGUAGAUAACAUACUAAUUGUUUAAAGCAGGCGUUUAUUUCCUCUUUGUAAAACAUGAAGACCUUUAAGUGUAAUACUCUUUUUUGACACUAGAGGGCAAUAGUUGCAAACAAAUUGAUUUGUUAUGAAAAAAAAAAAAAAAAAAAUUAAGUCUUUUUCUAGACUCUCCUAAAGAUAAAUGUUUUGCUUCAAAUCA